AUGCAUGGCCAGGAGCUGAGACGGCAAAGGGCUGACUUCGACACCUACGACGAUAGGGUCUACAGCAGCUCAGGGUCCCGUGGUAGUGCUGGUGGCCAGGGUUCCCGGAGUCAGAAGAAGCUGCCGACAGAGCCCCCUUACAGGACCUACGUAGGAAACGUGCCUUUUAAUACUGUUCAGGGAGACAUAGACGCGAUCUUCAAGGAUCUCAGUGUAAGGAAUGUACGACUAGUCAGAGAUAAAGAAACGGACAAAUUUAAAGGAUUUUGCUAUGUAGAAUUUGAUGAGGUGGAUUCCCAUAAGGAAGUUUUGACCUAUGAUGGUGCGCUGUUGGGUGAUCGAUCGCUUCUAGUGGACAUUGCUGAAGGUAGAAAACAAGAUAAAGGUCUCUUUGGAUUCAGGAAAGGUGGGCCAGAUGACAGAGGAAUGGGUGGCUCUCGAGAAUCCAGAGGCGGAUGGGAUUCCCGGGAUGACUUUAAUUCUGGCUUCAAGGAUGACUUAUUAGGAGGCAGGGGUGGAGGCAGUCGCCAGGGUGACCGGCGAACGGGUGGUCCCCCAAUGGGGAGUCGCUUUAGAGAUGGACCUCCCCUUCGGGGCUCUUCAAUGGAUUUCAGAGCGACAGUAGAGGAAAGAGCGCAGAGGCCCCGACUUCAGCUUAAACCUCAAGCAGUUGCUACCCCCCUCAAUCAAGUAGCCAAUCCCAACUCGGCUAUCUUCAGCGGAGCCAGGCCCCGAGAGGAAGUGGUUCACAAAGAGCAGGAAUGAGCUCAAGGUCGGGAGGGAAUGGGGGGAGAGUUAUUGAGUGAGACAGCAGCAGAGUUCAUUGCUCUGGACGUCAACCCUGCAGUUACCAUUCCUGCCACCUGACAGUUUG